CGGUUUUUCCCUUCCUUCAUCCCCUCCUCUCUUCCUCUAACCGGACGUUACACUGCACGCUGCCUAAAAUAAUGUAUAACCGCCAUAUUUGUAUUGUAUGUCUCUGGGCAAGUAACGCACGCAGCCAAAUUUCUUUCACCGCUGCAUGCUUUAAACGUCAUUCGUAUGGCGUUCGGUAAUAAACAAACUGCGUCUCGGAAGAGAUUGGUUUUGAGGGUUCGUGCAUUUCAUUCUGCGUAGAGAAAGCGCGUGCUUUUGGUAGAUAAAAUGAACGUACCGGCCACCUCGAAACGGCUGGUGCUUUCUUUAUAUCGUGAUUUGCUUCGUUACGGUACCCAGCUGCAGCAUACCGAUCAGGAAUACUUUCUCGCUCGAAUAAGGCGCGAAUUUCGCCAGUCGGCGUCGCUGACCGAUCCGAAGGAGAUAGAAUUUUCCUACAGGCGAGGACGCGCUCUUCUGGAUCGUGCACGCGUCAUAUAGUAUCAUGCACAGCUUGCUUCGAUUUAUUAGCCCCAUAUCUGCUGUACACUCGAAGGUGAUGUUUCCAUUGUUACCAU